UGAUGUGAACAGUAUGGACUCGGUGGAUAGCGGCUGCACGAUGGGCGCCGGGGAAAACCAGAGUAACCACGCUGCCUCCUCCAGCUCUGACCUCAUCAUCUGGGAGAUCGAGGUGCCAAAGCAUCUUGUAGGACGGUUAAUAGGGAAACAGGGACGAUACGUGAGUUUCCUGAAGCAGAACUCCGGCGCAAAGAUCUACAUCUCCACGCUGCCUUACACACAGGAGUUCCAGAUCUGUCACAUAGAGGGUGAGUCCGAACCACGACGUUUGACGAAAUUCAGAUUCUUACUGAUGAGAAAAAUCUGAGGAUUUCAGAGAAACUAAAAAAUUCCACUUUUUUUAUUAUUGUG